AUGCAGAAGGAUCGAGAGGAUGGCAGCGGAGCUGCAUACCCUGUCACACAUCUCCCGUCAUUUGGAAUUAUGUAUUCGAGAGAAUCCAAAUCUACAGUGAACCAGAAUUCACGUCCACUACCUCCAGGCAAGAGCGUCGCCCUCGUCGGUCAGUCUGGCUGCGGGAAAUCUACCCUCCUCCAACUUGUCCAACGCUUCUACGAUCCCUCUAACACCGACAUCACUGAAGGCAUCAUUCUUGAUGGCGUUAACGCCCGCACUCUCGCACCCAAUUGGAUCCGUCGGCAAAUCGGAGUGGUUUCGCAAGAGCCCAACCUCCUCGAUCUCACCAUUCGUGAGAACAUCGCCUAUGGUCUAAACUACCGUUUUGAGAACCCUGAAGACACCACUGCUGGCGUGCCCAUGGAGGCAGUCAUGGAGGCGGCUAAACAAGCCAACGCUCACGACUUUGUCUGCAACCUGCCAGAGCAGUACGAGACACGGGUGGGGCCACGAGGAUCGAGGCUGUCGGGAGGACAGAAACAGAGGAUAGCGAUUGCCAGAGCAUUGGUUCGGGAUCCACAACUGUUGGUGCUGGACGAGGCGACGGCGGCGUUGGACAAUGAGAGUGAGAGAGUGGUGCAGGCAGCCUUGGAUGAGGCGAUGAGGCGGGGUGGACGCACGUGUCUGGUGGUGGCACAUCGACUGAGCACAGUUGAAGCCUGUGAUGUGGUGGUGGUGUUGGAGCGAGGGAGGGUAGUGGAGUGGGGCACACCAAAUGCCCUGUUGGAGGCGAAGGGAGCGUACUAUGCUCUCUACGAUGCGACAUAA